AUGAGGCCGGUGUUGGUAUUAUCGGGAAUGUCGAGAAGAAUGCAGCGAAGCGAGAAGAGAAUACGGGGCUGCAUGAGAGAGGCAGAAGAUGUUCCCAUCAGCUUCACACAUGAUCUACGAGCAGACACCAAGGAGCUACUCACCGACUUGUGUUGUAGGCUAAGUUUGAUCCCAAGGCAACCAACGAUGCCGGUGAAGCAGCCAAGGUCGUGCGGGCUCUGGAAAUUCCUCAUGGUUGUGUGGCUGGCGGCGGUGUGGCCGGAGGGGGUGAGGAGCAUGCAAACGUUUGCUUUCAUGAGCGCAGUGCACAAUCCCAAGAUGAUGCAGUCGCUGCGGCACAGUUCAAGAACGUGCAAGCUGUUCUCAGGGAGCACGGGGAGGCAUGAAGACGGGCAGAGGAGGACUCGGAACCUCUCGCUGUUCAUGAGGAACAGUGGGGGGGGGAAGGAUUUCCUUCAAGAGGCUCAAGCACAAAUCGCGUCGCUGACUCGAUCUCUGCAACAAUUCUUGAGUAAUGGAACCGGGUUGAUCUUCCCUGCGGUCUUCGUCCUCCUCCUCGUGACAGGACAGGUGGCCUUGCAAGAGGGAGAUGUCAAGGAGAAUGUGGCACAUGGCAGUGAGAAGGCUGUGCCGUUCCUGGAGCGAGAGGAAGGUGGAGAGGAUCAGGACAGGAUGCCAAGGCUAGUGGAGAUAUUGAUCAAGUGGGUCUUUGACAUCUUCAACUUCAUCUUUCUCUUGACAAGUGUAGUCGACGGCGAGUGCCCCAACUGCGGGUCCAGGGUGAUGCUGGCAAAGAAGUCGCAGUCUCUGUGUAUGACGUGCGGGACGCCGCUGCUGGUCGAGAACGGGAAAGUGUCGAGGGUUUCAGUGUACAACACUCGAACGGACACGAGGACGGGGAAGCAAACUGUCGUUGACGUUGUGGAUGUCGAGGCGAUCGACGUAGACAGCAAGGAGAAGUGA